GCGAUGGCGGGGGAGGCGGCCGGGCCCGGGGCCGGGCGGAGGGUGAAGGCGCUGGCCCUAGUGCUGGAGGAUGAGGCCCGGCGGGGCGGCUACGCGAGCGGGGACACGGUGUCGGGCCAGGUGCUGGUGGAGCUGGCGGGGCCGCUGCUUCUCCGGGCCCUGCGCCUGGAGGCCACGGGCCGGGCCUGGGCGGCCUGGAGCAAGGGGUCCGUCCGGGUCUCCUCUGCCCGGGCCCGCGGGGGCGCGGGGCGGGGCGUCCCGGGGCCCCGACGGGAGGCCGAAGUGCGGUAUCUGGACAUCCGGCAGAGCCUCCUGCGGCAGCCCCCGGAAGGUGAAGAUGGCUUAUUCCUGUUAGAAGCUGGAAAACAUGAAUUCCCAUUCAGCUUUCAACUUCCACAGGAACCUUUGGUGACCUCUUUUAGUGGAAAGUAUGGCAGUAUUCAGUACUGCGUGAAAGCAAUUCUGGAAAGGCCUGUAGUACCUGAUCAAAGUGUAAAGAGAGAACUUCAGGUUAUCAGCCAUGUUGAUGUCAACUCGCCAGCUUUCUUGAUGCCUGUUUUGAGAAGCAAGGAGAAGCUGGUUGGCUGUUGGUUUUUCACCUCUGGUCCAGUCUCUCUGAGUGCCAAAAUUGAGAGGAAGGGAUAUUGUAAUGAGGAAGCCAUACCAAUCUAUGCAGAAAUUGAGAAUUGUUCCUCUCGUUUGAUUGUUCCAAAAGCUGCCAUUUUCCAAACACAGACUUAUCUGGCCAGUGGGAAGACAAAGACUUUCCGUCAGAUGCUUGCCAAUGUACGAGGAAACCCUAUUGCUUCUGGGAGUACAGAUACCUGGAAUGGGAAAACUCUGAAAAUCCCACCUGUAACCCCUUCCAUUCUUAACUGUUGUAUCAUCAGAGUAGAGUAUUCUUUAGCUGUAUAUAUCCAUAUUCCUGGUGCUAACAAGUUGAUGAUUGAAUUGCCACUGGUAAUUGGCACAAUUCCAUAUACUGGGUUUUCAAGCAGGAACUCCAGCGCCGGCCAGUUCAGCGUGGACAUGAGUUGGUUGGCACUGACCAUGCCAGAACACCCUGAAGCACCACCAAAUUAUGCUGAUGUAGUAUCACAGGAAGAGUUCUCUAGACAUGUUUCUGCUUACGCACAACCAGUUAACUGUGAGGAACAAUUAUGUGGUCACAUGUUUGCCUAUAUACAGGAGUUCCGGUUUCAGCCUCCACCUCUCUAUUCAGAGAUUGAUCCACAUCCUACUCAUAUAGAAGAGACCCAGUCUGUUUCAUUCAUGCUCUAAACAAUAUUUGAAAUAGCUGUAUUGUGAUGAAAUGGAAUCCCUUAUGCUUCAGCUGUUAGUAAAGCUAAAAGGAAACUGCUUUCUCAUUAAGAGCUUAAGUUCAGAAACAAAGUGCAAAGGCAAUUGGAGUUGGAAGUCUGAGCAUGUUUGGCAUUAAAAGAAUCCCUUUUGGAUUAGUCUGCAGAGGAGGUGUGGAUGUCAAAUUAUGUGACUAAGUGGGAGCAGCCAAGAUUUGAGGUGUGGGAAGUGUUUGAGAAUAUUCAUGAAGAGAUACUACAUAAAGUAUAAGCAAGAGUUUUAAGGAUAUAUCAAAGAGGAAUGAAAAUGUACUUACACUUAAGGACUGCUUGGAAGAAUCUGAAUUAAAGUACAUUUGUAUCUCAAGAAUGAGAGGUAGGAUAGAAUUUCCAAAAGAUUCUCCUGUGUUCCAGGGGCUUCAUUUUGCACUGUCUGUAAUCAAGAAAAGGAACACUAACUAAAAUCUAGAGUUCCAGCUCUAACUCCACCUACAAGCAAACUUUAUGGGAACAUAUCCUUCUAACAUCAGUCAAGUGGUACUAUUUCAUCAUUCAUGCUGAAUUUCAAAUGGUCACGGAUGGCAAAAUAUAGCUAUUACUGCAAUAUUAUGAAAGCAAGAAGCUAGUCUUUAUUGUGUGAAAGACAAACUACUUAAAAGAGAAAGUUGGACUUCGAUAACAGCUUAUGCACUAUGUGUUUUUUGUUUUGUUUUUGGGGGGCGGGGGGGGGAAUUAUUCUAGCCUCUUGUGCUCCUUAAGAUACACACACAAAAUCAGUAUAGCUUGUGGAUAGCAUGAUAAUGGGAGGCAAGGCAAGGAACAGAGAAUGUCUUCUUGCUGAUAGCAGAUAUAUUUAUCAAAGUGGAUUUAUUCAAAAGCCUUUUAAGCCUACCUCUGUUUUGGAUACCUAUUUAGGGUCAGACUGAGACCAAAAACAACAUCUAAGACUCGCACUAAUUUGAAAGGUUCUAAAAGGGACCCUAAAUUUCCGCAGUUAACAAAUAAAAGAGGCAAGGGGUUUGGGGAGGAGUAUACACUUAGUUUAGAUCUGAAGACAAAGUGGAAAGUAAACCAUGUAUUUUUGACAGCAGUCAACCAGCAAGGGAACAAAAUCCUUCUGUAAAGGCACACAUUUUUUUCAUUGUUUUCUGUGGUUUUGUUCAAAGACCUAAUCUGUCAUUGGCGGCUGCACUGUUCAUUGUUAUCCAUACUCUAGUAUUUUUCCUGUCUGUAAUUUUUUGCUUUGGUGCAAUAUUUUAUUAUUUUCUUCCUCAGGUCACUUAGAACAGUGAGAUUUUUCUUGCUGCUAAGGAUGAAGGUACUGCCCUUACUGCCUUCAUCUAGAGUAGAAUGUUUGCUUCCUACUAAGCAUAAAUUUGUGUAGGUAAUCUAACCGAUGACCACACUGUCAGCAGUUCACUUGGAAAAAAAAGCAGAAAAAUAGUAUUCUCAAUGUGCAAAUGUCCAGUUUAUAAUAGUGUUAGAUAUGUUUUUUUUGAACUGCUAAAACUACUUUGUAUAUCUGACUAAAGGGUUUUGGGUUAGAAAUGCUAGUGCUUCAUAGGGUAGAACACUGUAUUUUUUUUUGGUGAUUAAAAGUAAGUGCCAUUGCAACGUCUAUCAAAAACUGCAGUUUUAAAAAAGUGUUUAAAUGGUUUUAUAUAUUACUUAAGUGAAUAAAGUGUGGCUUUUUUUUUUUUUUUUUUGGUAACAGGAUUUUUCUGCUGGCAUAUUUAUUUUCACUUUGUGUCCAUCCUUUAGUAUGACUUUCUCCUUUAAUUUCUUGCUUUUGAGUUAACUAUUGACUCACCAUUGUGUAUAAUAAAUGUGGUACUGAUGCAGAUAUAUGUAUUUUAAAACUGCAGGUUUUUUCACUUGCAAUUUUAAGUAUGGUCUUCUCUAGCAAAUGCAGCUUUAACCAAAAUUUGACUCUUCUUUUAGAAGACACUUGGCGUUUUCUUAGUCUCAAGUUGAAUGUAGCUGUCAUGCAUGUUGAUGGCAUGCCCAUUUAGUCAAUGCAAUAUUUUAAUUUACAGCACCUUAAAAGGGAACACACACCAAUAUUGUCCUCACUAAAAUAUCAUUUGUCCUAACUAAACUGAUAGCCACACUACUGCUAUUUAACUUUCAUGUCAGUCAUACAGAAUAUUAACCUAAGAAAUAUGAGGUGCUUACAAUGACUGUAAAACCUAAUGGUUGAUGGGUAGUAUGUUGGUACAAACAUGAUCAUGCAAGCAAGAGUGUGUGUCCAUGAAAGGUAAAGAUGCAUCUCUAGUUUUAAAAAAAACAAACAAAAAAAACCUUGGGUUGCUUUUUGGUUUGCAGGAAAACUGUGGCCUUAAAUUGUGGCAAAAAAAGAUUCUUAAGCGCACAAGGCUUUUAAGGAAAGGAUGAAAGUUUGAAGGCCCAAUUCUGCUCUGCGAUACCUGGUUUAGAGGGUGGAAUCUGGUCCUUAGUUGUGUACUUUGCACAAUAAUGAAUUCAGCAUGCACAUAGGUUGUGUUUGAUAACUGUGAAACAGGUCUUUUUAAAAAAAACUUAAACUUUAACAUACAAGGAUAUGAUUGUAUUUUGUACUUAUAUGAGCCCUAUGGGUUCUCCUUGUUUAAUAAAAAUGUAAAACUUA